AUGGCGCGCUUCCUUCCGUUAGCCAUUGUCGCAUUUCACUUGCUAGUUUGCUUGCAAACAUUGUGUGAUCAGCAACAAGCUACUUCUGCCGGCCUCGUCCCUCCGCGGGUGGUUACCAUUGUUUGCGCUGUUCCGAAUGCUCAGCUGUUGAGAAUCCAUUGCCUCUCCAAGGAAAACGAUCUCGGAGAGCACGCACUCGUCUACGGUCAAGAAUACUACUGGGAAGUGACCGUUCCCAGCAACUCGACGGAUUACCCGCGCUAUUUCUGCGGUUUCACCUCGGGCUCGAAGAAACAAUUUUUGGUCGUUUACGAUGCGAAGGUAGAUCCUUCGUGUAAAAACAACGACAAACAUGAAUGCUACUGGUUUGUGAGUGAACAGGGUUUCUUUUUCAGCAAUGUUGGCAAGGAUUAUCGUAAAAUAGCUGGUUGGGCAUAA